AUGGAUGAAAGUGGGUGUUUGUUAGUUCAGGCUUUAGUGGACUCUGAAGGGAGGUUCUUGGAUGUGUCAGCUGGAUGGCCUGGCGGUAAGAAACUAGGAGAUAUAUUGAAAAAAUCAAAGCUUUUUACAGGAAUUGAGGAUUCAAAGUACUUAAAUGGACAGCCAUUUGAGCAAAACAAUGGAAAUUCAAUCCCACAAUAUAUUUUGGGCAAUUCAGAUUGCCCCCUUUUGUCUUGGCUUUUGACGUCUUUUAGUGAGAAGAAUGGAGAGUUGAGUUCUAUUGAAUUGGCAUUUAAUAAGGUGCACAGUAGAGCUAUGGAUUUGGUUGGGACAGCAUUUGCGAACGUGAAGAAAAGGUGGAAAGUUGUGUGGAAGAAAUGGAAUAGGCAAUGUGUUGAGGCUUUUCCAUUUGUUAUUGUUUCUUGUUGUUUGCUUCACAAUUUUCUUAUCAAGUGCAGUGAAGUAAUGCCUGAUGAAAAUGCGGAGCUUCGGAGGAAUAUAGAGCUCCCUGAGUUUGAUGGAGAGGACGAUGAGGGUGGGAAGAAGACAUGCGAUGCCCUUGCUUCGCACUUGAGUUGA